GGUUAGUUAUAGUUAUAGUUUUCCUUAGUUAUAAUAAAGAUUAUUGUAAUUUUUACUUGAUAACUGUUUUGUUAUAUGUAAUUUUACUAUGUUAAGUUAAAGCCUUCCUUUUUUUGUUUAAACAGAAAAAGGGGAAAUGAUGGAGGAAGGUCAUUGAACAAUAAAGAAACUGCUUGGCUGGCCCUGAUAGGUUAGAACAUAGGUGGGAGGAAUAAACAGAAUAGGAUGCUGGGCAGAAGAGGAAGUGAGGUCAGACUCUGCUCUGCUCCUGGAGAGACCCGACAGCUCUGCUCUCUGGAGCAGAGACGCCAUGCUCCACUCUCCCAAUAGCUCUGCUCUCUGAGGCACACGCGAUGAAGCUCCGACCCAACAUGGACGGAGGCUAGAAUCUUCCCGGUAAGCGCACCUUGGGGUGCUUACACUCAUCAUUAGAAAUGGGCUAGUCCAGAUGCGAGAAUUAGCCUGUAAGGGCUAGAGUUCAUGGGCCAAGCAGUGUUUAACUGAAUACAGUUUGUGUGUUGUUAUUUCGGGCAUGAGCUAGCCAGGCUGCUGGGGUGCUGGGGACGCAGCCCCGCCGCUCCCUAUUUCAACAGUGUGUCAUGAGGACACACACUCUGGUCCUCAGGCUGGUGGCAAUCCCUUUAACCACUGAGCCGUCUUCCCCACUUUAGAGAUGUUGAGGAAAAGGCGCCCAGACACAGCCCUGGAAAUGAGACUGGACCUAAUCAGAAGCCCUUAAUACAAGCCCAUGUUGAUCUUACACAAAUCAAUUUCCCUUCCAAGCACUCAGUCCCUCCCAUAACUUGCCAAGUGAGCCCAAUAAUUCGCAUAUGUGACUACCUGAGAUGAAGCAAACUUGAGUGCCUGAUUAAUGUCCCAGAUGUUGUAGACUCAAGCCCUACAUAUUCAUCUCUACAUUCUUGAUAUGCACUAUGGCACCUGGCACAGAGGAGCCCUCACUAAAUGCUGAUUAAAUCAAAGAAUGGAGCAAAUGCUUGCAUCUAAAUGCUGUGUGCUGAUGACAUAGCAAACGCUCUUGGCUAUUUAUCAGCUGUUACUGGCACUGUGUUGGGGACUGGGCACUUCCCUCCGCCCUGUUUUUGAGACUCCUGAGAAAUUUUAUGUUUUGAUCUCUGGAUACAAAUACUAUCAGUAAUCAAUUUAAUAAGUAAGACAAACAUGUAAUUUGUCAUCUGACUAGAAAGCCGCAGAUAACACUUGUAGCAAAGAGGUAACAGGGCCAUCCUGGGUACUAUAAAUGCUCAGAACCUGCACGAAUGGCACACUAUAGAGCUCAGAACUCUCUGGAAAAAGGAGUUCCAUACCCCACACAUCCUGACUCCUCUUCUCUAGUCUGACCCCCAGACCACUUCCAUAGAAUACCUUUUUUUUUUUUAAAGACAAUCUCAUGUAGGUAAGGCUGGCUUUAGUCUUGCUACCUAGCCAGAGAUGAUCUUGAACUUCCAGUUCUCCUGCCCAUACCUCCUCAGUGCUGGAUUCAAGCCUGGUUUAUUUGGUGCUAGGAACGAACUCGGGCUUUAGCAUGCUAAGCAAGCACUCUACCAAAUUAUGUACUUAGCCUCCCUACCUUCAACCAAUAUUUUAGGAUCCUCAUUUCAACCAGCAGGUGGUCUUGGCCACUUUUUCAUUUACUUGAUAAUUCUAGAGCAUUGUAUUACCCCAAAUAUAGAGACUUGGGGGGCCUGCUAAGCACUCAACACAUGAGCUAUACACUGCCCAGCUGUCCUCCAAUGCCAUCCUAGCUCAAUUCCUUCUCUGUCUGGUUUGAUUGGCCUUCUAAUAGGUCCCUCAGUAUAGUAUAGUAUGGUAUAGUAUAGUAUAGUAUAGUAUAGUAUAGUAUAGUAUAGUAUAUAGCAUAGCAUAGCAUAGCAUAGUACAGUAUAGUAUAUAUGAUAUAUUAUAGCUUGUAGAAGGUCUCUUAAAAGCCCAGGCUGGCCUCAUACUCAGUACAUAGUCAGUGCUUACCUUGAACUCCUAGUUUUUCUGCCUCCUUCUCCGAAAUGUUGGGAUCACAGUUGUGCGCCACUACACUGGUCCUGCAGAAACCGAAGUGGGAUAUGUAGUUCAUCAGCUUAGUGACAACGGCUCCUCCAUACCUGCUCUCCCUCCCCUCCACUCUCCAACCACUCAAGUGUCCUUGCUAUUUCCUCAAACACAGCAAGAAAUCUCAGAGACUUUGUACCCACCCUUGAAAAUUCCCUUGCAUACACCUUUCCCUAGCUCCUCCCCCACCCCCUCUACCUCUGCUGGGAACACUUUCCCUUUAGAUAGGCAUAUGAAUGCUUCCUUUGUCUCCUUCACAGUGCUCCCUGUUUCUUUCCAAAGUCCUUCCCUAUUAAAAUCUAAUCUUGGGGCUAGAGAGAUUGCUCAGUGGUUAAGAGCAUAUAUUGCUCUUGCAGAGGACCUGAGUUCAGUUCCCAGUACCCAUACUGGUAGCUCAAAACUUCCUGCAAGUACACCUCCACUGCAUCUGAUGUCCUCUUCUGGCCUCUGCAGGCACCUGCACCCACAUGCACAUUUACACACAAGCACACAAUUAAAAAUAAAAAAUAAGGGCCAAUCUUGGCAUGGUGGUAUGUGCAUUGAGUUCCAGCACUUAGAAGGCAGAGGCAGGAGGAUCUCUGGGAGUUUGAGGCCAUCCUGGUCUACAGAGCAAGUUCCAGGACAGCGAGAAUGGUUACACAGAGAAACCUUGUCUUUUAAAAAAAUCAAAUAAAUAAAUAAUAAUAAAGCCAGGCAUAGUAGUGCAUGUCUUUAAUCCAGGCACUUAUAAGGCAGAGCCAGGUGGAUCUCUGUGAAUAUGAGGCCAGCCUGGUUUACAGAGAGAGUUCUAGUACAGCCACGGCUACACAGGAGGUUCUGUCUAUAAAAAUAAGCAAACAAAUAAUUAAAUAAAAAGUAAACACCUUUUAAAAAUUUAAUCUCAGCUGGGUGGUGGUGGUGCACGCCUUUAAUCCCAGCACUCGGGAGGCAGAGGCAGGUGGAUCUCUGGGAGUUCGUGGCCAGCCUGGUCUACAAGAGCUAGUUCCGGGACGUGCACCAAAGCUACAGAGAAACCAUGUCUCGAAAAAAAAAAAAAAAAGAAAGAAAGAAAGAAAAAAAAUUAAUCUCACCCUUUGUCAUUUUUUUCCCCUAGCACUUACCAAAAAUAUAUCACCUAUUUUACUUAGCUCAUUUGGCAGGUGACCACUGUGAGCUCCAAGAGAGCAGGGCUCUGCUUUGCUCCGUUCUUUGGGCUGUUCUGCACCUCCGUGCCUAGCACAGUUCCUGGCAGAGACCAUCUGCUCUCACAUUUGUCAGAUGAGCACAGGACUGAUGAAGGGGAGGAAGGCUGAGCAUUUGCCCUUUGCACUAAAUGGGAUUUUAAUCCUACCAACUCCACUUGACCUCAAGCAAGUACCCUAACUCUUUUGUGAGUCUCAGUGUCCCCACGUUUAGUGCGGCAAGAGCACAUGUUGCCUGCCGGAGCUAUGAAGAGCCUUAAAUACACUUUUAAAGGUAAAUGGCUCAACUCGCUACCAGGCCCAUUUAGAAACUUUGGAUCUCAGUCAACUGAGCACCCCUACGGCUAUAGGAUUAGUGGUUGGCAGCUGGAACUGUGGUUGAACUUGAUCCUCAAUCGCGAAAACCAGAGUUUGGAUCCCAGCAUCUGCAGAAAAAGCUGGGUGGUCUUGAGACACCUGUCAACCAGCUUGGAUCAGGACAGAGAUCUGAGGAUGACUGGGGCUUACUGACUUCUAGUACAAGUCAGACAAUGUGAGGCACAGGUUUAGGGAGAUAUCCCGCCUCAAAGAAAGAGCAAUAAAGGAAGAUUCCUGCUGGUUUCCUCUUCUGGUCACCGUACACAUAGGUGAGCAUAUGCUCCCACAGACCACACACACACACACACACACACACACACACACACACACCUUUUAGUCAGUUGCUACCAGAACCUGAACUCACAACAAGCACACGCAGCACGAAGCAGCAACAAACAUUCUCAUUUCAAACCAUUGCUUUCUAUCUCGUGCCCUCCAAGACCCUCCUGUCCUGAUGCUGGUCCCGAACAGGAAUGCCUGGGGUCGCUGCAAUUCUCUCCACCAUCACAGGCCUCCCGCUGUUUAAGACAUUGUGAGGGCUUCUCCUCAAAUGCUCAGUUGAGUCUGGGUAGGAGCCAGUUGAGAACACAGGGUGAGAGGAGAGAGGUGGGGAAGAGUUGGCCCAGCCCUCCCCACCUGCCAGUUUCCUGUCUGCCUACUGAUAAAUAGGGGAGAAACAUGGCCAGACUUUCCAUUCCCCCACCCUUGUCACCCGCCAGUCAUUCAGUUUAAAAAAAAAUGAUGAGGGAGUCAGCUCCAGAGGAGGGGUGGGGGCCCUGGUUAUAAAGCCUGCCGCUGAGGGCCAGAGCACCAGGCUGGUUCUCUUGCUGUCAUCCUCGGCCAGGUUUAGCUGCUGACAGCUGCUUGGGACUCUGCCGCCAGGCCCCAGUUGGCUUUGCAACCCUUCUACUUCUCAGCCACACUUCCCCCAUGGCUCAGAAAGAAGAGGCCGCUGAGGCCGCAGCGCCCGCCUCCCAGAAUGGAGAUGAUUUGGAGAACCUAGAAGACCCUGAGAAGCUGAAGGAGCUCAUUGACCUGCCACCCUUCGAGAUCGUCACAGGGGAGCGACUGCCUGUCAACUACUUUAAAUUUCAGUUCCGGAACGUGGAAUACAGUUCUGGGCGGAACAAGACCUUCCUCUGCUAUGUGGUUGAAGCCCAGAACAAGGGAGGCCAAGUGCAGGCCUCUCGGGGCUACCUAGAAGAUGAGCAUGCAGGUGCCCAUGCCGAGGAGGCUUUCUUUAACACCAUCCUACCGGCCUUUGACCCGGCCCUGAAGUACAAUGUCACCUGGUAUGUGUCCUCCAGCCCCUGUGCAGCCUGCGCUGACCGAAUUCUCAAAACCCUCAGCAAGGCCAAGAACCUGCGCCUGCUCAUCUUGGUGGGCCGGCUCUUCAUGUGGGAGGAGCCAGAGGUCCAGGCCGCUCUAAAAAAGUUGAAGGAGGCCGGCUGCAAACUGCGCAUCAUGAAGCCCCAGGACUUCGAGUACGUCUGGCAGAAUUUUGUGGAGCAGGAAGAGGGCGAAUCCAAGGCCUUUCAGCCCUGGGAGGACAUUCAGGAGAACUUCCUAUAUUAUGAGGAGAAGCUGGCAGACAUCCUGAAGUAGGCAGCCAAGCUCAGCCUUCUGUCUGUCCGCUGCCACCCAGAGAAGCAGUGACGUGGACGGCGUCCAGGACAGGCCUGUCUUCCCAAUUAUACUUGGAGCUGGACAUUUGACACCAAGCUGGAGAAGGCCCUCCCUCCGAGAACUCGAAGCACACCUCAGGCUGUCAUUCACUCAACUGUGCCUUUUGUAAAGUGGCACCAGGCACCUGGGGUGGAGGGUCUCACUGCCUCCCCAGGGGUGUUCUCUGGAGACAAAGAUCCUCAGGUUCAAGGACAGACCUUUGAAAUACAUCAAGAAGUGUUCUGAGUUGGGCUGGGUUGUUGUUGUUUUUUUUUAAAGGCAAAAUAGUAACAUUAAUAAAGGAAAUAGUGUGUUUUUUCUGGCCUGUUCUUUUAAGAAAGUUGGGCAAUGGACAGUGAGUGGAGACGGGGCACAGGGACAUUGUAGGCUAAGAACCAAGCCGUGACAUUAGGAAGGGAAAGCCAGGUCUUUGCAAUGAGGAUCUAACUCUCUAAGACUCACUUCUCACCAUGGUCCUGACCUUCCAUUUUUUUCUGAGGACUGGGAAAUGGCAAUGGCUCACUGUAUAAAGCUCUUGUUGUAGGCGUGAGAACCAAGGUUCAAAUCCC